CAAGGAAGGAAUCCGAACAAGGAUGUCGGGUUGCAGGUAUCAAGCAACCUAGCCUGUUAGCUUUGGCUAAAUCCUUGUUAGCAUGAACGUUAGCUACCUGCGGUUGACAAGCCUGAUGCCUCUCUUACCUCUCUUCCGGACACGAGAGGACUUGCGAAACAGCGUCCACUGUACGUUGUGGGAAGGACAUCUCAACAGAGACCAACCUAUAUUCGUAGGAGUCAAUCUAGCUUCCCACACCUAAACAUGAUGCUUGCAGAGGUACUCCAGGUUUUGCGGGGUGCUGGUAAAGUGGGGGCUGCCUUUGUCACCAUCCAAGGUGAACAGCUGAGACUGAUGACAUGUAACACUACAAUGGGAGCAGGAGUCAAAGCUGCUCAGGCUGCUGUAACAGAUGUCCUGAGUGCUGUCAUGGGUGGUGGGCAGCAAGCUAUAAAAGAGGAUGAGUUCCCUGACAGUGAGGGAUGGGAGGAGAUGGAUCAGAGUGAGGCUGAUAAGUGGGCCAUGGGGGCUGAGUUCCCCCCUGAUGUCGAUAAGACAGGCACUGACUUUGGGGGGAUGCCUGGUGGUACCCCAGGAAGCACGACCAUGGGCGGUGGUGGAGGAGCCUCCGGUUGGCCGCGUCAGAGUGCCCGUUUCCUACAUGUUGCCAUGCCCCUUCGGCACUCCAGGUUCGUCCAUGACUCAUUGACUGCCCGAUUGACCCCGGAAGACAUCAAGAAAGCCCGGGAGGCGAAGCAGGGCACAGCCAAGGCAAACAGACAGAAGCUCAGUGAACGUGCCAAAGAGAGGAAGGUUCCAGCCACAAGGCUAAGCCGACUUGUCAAUUUUGGAGGUUUGGCUGUGGGGCUUGGUCUGGGGACCAUAGCGGAGGUGGCCAAGCAGUCCAUUGGAGGCAAGCGCUCAGAGAAGACUGCCUUUCUGGAUUCUGCUAUCCUGUCAGAGGCCAACGCAGAGAGGAUUGUGGAAACUCUGUGCAAAGUGCGAGGGGCUGCACUGAAGAUUGGGCAGAUGCUCAGCAUACAGGAUAACAGCUUCAUCAACCCCCAACUGCAGAAGAUCUUUGAGCGGGUCCGACAGAGUGCCGACUUCAUGCCUGUCUGGCAAAUGAAUAAAGUGCUUCAGGAGGAGCUGGGACCCGGCUGGAGAGAGAAGCUGUCCUCGUUUGAAGACAGGCCCUUUGCCGCUGCCUCCAUCGGCCAGGUGCAUCAUGGGAUGCUGGAGGACGGGAGGGAGAUCGCCAUGAAGAUCCAGUAUCCAGGGGUAGCACAGAGCAUCAGCAGCGACAUCGACAACCUGAUGUCAGUGCUGAAGAUGAGUGUAGUUCUGCCUGAGGGUUUAUUUGCAGACAGCAGUCUAGAGGUCCUUCAGAGGGAGCUUGCCUGGGAGUGCGACUACAAGCGGGAGGCAGAAUGUGCCAAGCGAUUCAGGGCUCUGCUGGCAGAUGAUCCAUUCUUCAGGGUACCAGAGGUGGUGGACGAUCUGACUGCCACCCGUGUUCUGGCCAUGGAGCUGGUCAAUGGUGUGGCACUCGAUGGCUGCGUGGAUCUGGACCAGGAGACCAGAAAUAAGAUCUGCUUUAACAUCCUCCAGCUGUGCUUGAGAGAGCUCUUUGAGUUCCGCUUUAUGCAGACAGACCCCAACUGGGCCAACUUCUUCUACAACGCAGAACAAGACAAGGUCAUUCUGUUGGAUUUUGGUGCUUGCAGAGAUUACCCUGAGACAUUCACCGAUGACUACAUUGAGGUGGUGUAUGCAGCCUCAGUCGGUGACCGGGCCACUGUGCUGAAGAAAUCUACAGAACUGAAGUUCCUCACAGGCUUUGAGACCAAGGCCUUCCAGGAAGCCCACGUGGAGGCGGUGAUGAUCCUGGGCGAGGCCUUCGCCUCCUCCGAGCCCUUCGACUUCGGGAACCAGAGCACGACGCACCGCAUCCAGAACCUGGUCCCGGUGAUGCUGCGUCACCGGCUCACGCCGCCCCCGGAGGAGACCUACUCGCUACACCGCAAGAUGGCCGGCUCCUUCCUCAUCUGCUCCAAGCUGGGCGCGCGCAUCGCCUGCCAGGACAUGUUCCGCGACAUCUACAACGCCUACCAGCAGCGGCGAGUGGCUCGUGCUGCACAGGCUUAAAGCAGCACUCAUAAAUGGCAGUUCAUUGGACUGUGUUUGUGUGUGUGUGUGUGUGUGUGUGUGUUUGUAUGUGAGAGAGCACAAAACAAAUUCAAUUUGUUUGUAUGCUAACUGGGAGAUUGAUCCUGUGUGUGAGAGAGAGAGAGAGAGAGUGAGAGAAUGCAAGAGCAUAGGGAUCAGCAUAGUGCUGCCAGGCCUACUGCAUCGGGCUAAUUUGGCCCAAUCAGAAACUCCAUGGACAAAAAAAAAGCCCUGCUGUUUGGACUGCCUUAUGUCAACAUCCGGAAAGCCAAACCUAAGGAGACACCAAAUGUACUGGUGCGGCACUACACUGCAUCACCCUCUCUAUGAGGGGGACCCCACAGAGAGGAAGACCGGAAUGUUCUUGGUUGUGUUAUAACACACAUCAAUACUCUGCGUGCUGUGUAAUUUGAAAAAUCACGAUGCUUGCCUUGGACAAGAUUAUUUAAAUUUUUGUAGAAUGUAUCUGUUUUGGUGUUUACCAGGAAAGCAUGUAAUAAUUUAUGGGGUGUUGGUGGUGUGGUUGUAACGCUGUCUCGAACUGUAAAGAGGCACUUUCAUUGUUAAAUCCCUGUACUGUAAGAUGUCUUCUGUAAAUAUGCCACAACUGUCAUGGCUCUCAUAAAUCUAAGUCUUAUAUAAA